AGCAUACCCACAACCCCGAAUUCCAGCACGAUGUCGACGUUCGAACCGGUCAUCGUCAUUGACGGGAAAGGCCAUUUACUUGGCCGCCUGGCCAGCACGGUUGCGAAGCAACUGUUGAACGGCCAGAAGAUCGUCGUCGUCCGCUGCGAGGCCCUCAACAUCUCCGGAGAGUUCUUCCGUGCGAAGCUCAAGUACCAGGCUUUCCUGCGCAAGCAAACCCGGUUCAACCCCACCCGCGGAGGCCCUUUCCACUUCCGUGCCCCCUCCAAGAUCUUCUGGCGCACCGUCCGCGGCAUGAUUCCCCACAAGACCGCCCGUGGCGCCGCUGCCAUGGAGCGCCUCAAGACUUUCGAGGGCAUUCCCCCGCCCUAUGACAAGAAGAAGCGCGUCGUGGUUCCCCAAGCUCUUCGUGUGCUGAGGCUGAAGCCCGGCCGUAAGUACUGCACUGUUGGCCGUCUCGGACACGAGUUCGGCUGGAAGUACCAGGACGUUGUUGCUAGGCUCGAGGAGAGGAGGAAGGUUAAGGGUGCCGCAUACUACGAGCGCAAGAAGGCUGCGCGGAGGCAAUUGGCGGAGGCUCAGAAGACGGCUCAGGUCGGUGCUGAGGUCAAGAAGCAGCUUGCCGAGUACGGAUACUAGGUUUCGGCAGGGGCAGCGGA